AUGACCAGAACGCCGCGUCAGAAAGCCUGCAUGGCUUGUGCAGACUCCAAGCGCAGGUGUGACAAGCAGCUUCCUGAAUGCCAGCGGUGUCUAGACAAAGGUGUAUCCUGUGUCUACCCACAAUCGAAGAGAAGACCAUUUACACAUGACCGCCGUAAUGAUCUUCGGGUGGAUUAUGAACCUAUGCUUGAACAAUAUGACCAGAUUCUUUACGACCCGGACUUUGGAGGAUUGUCAACGGCGAUAGCAGCCGGCAACGACAAUCAGUUUUCAGAUUUAAUCCCAACACUUGCUCCCAUUUUACCCUCGCCCGAAAGUAACCUGGUGGAACAAGCCAUAAUUGCUGCAAACGACGACAUCUCGAGCAUACAGACGCCUUGGUUUUUGCAGGAUGAGACAUGGCAGAUGCAGCACUGCGACGAAAGAGCAGCUUGUGUCACUUACAUUGAGCUUGAGCCUCUCAUCCGUGCAGUGGAAGGAAUGCUGGUGGACUGGAUAAAGGACGGGUACAACAGCUUCAUUCAUCGGCGGCUAUACAGGCUAGGAAUGCCUACCUACCUUCAAGACGCUUUCACAACACUGGCCACGUACAUCAGUCGUGCGCCAGCAGUAAAAGAUUUGAUUAUCCAGAUUGCUAUGGAUCGACUGUCUACGUUUGUCAAUCAGCGCCCGUCUAUUGUCGGCCAGGGCGCAAAGAGUCUCCAGGCGCACCUGGCACGCGUCCAGACUCUGUUCAUCUAUGAGUUCAUUUUGCUCUUCGAUGGCUCCGUUGGUGCCCGAGCCUCUGGCCAGAGACAGCUCCCCAUACUUCGGCAGUGGGUCACCCUGAUGCAGGAGGCCGUACGAUCAUACCGAGGAGAGAAUGGACUGCUGGGCCAAGGCUCAUCCAAUGUUGCUGAGAAUGAGUUUGACAGAGAGUACAAUGCAUCCACAGAGCUAUGGCAUCAGUGGGUCCUUACCGAAAGCAUUCGGCGUACACAAGUGAUCGUGAAUACUAUUUGCAACAUCUACGAGAUUAUGGUGCUUGGCUCGGCGGAAUGUACAGGGGGCAUCAUGUUUACUGCGCGUCACGGUUUAUGGGAGGCCGAGUCGGCGUUUCAAUGGCUGGAGAUAUCCCGUUGCAAACUCCCACUUAUUGUGCCUUCUCUGCGUCCCAGCUCACUGAUGUCACAGUAUAAUGCUGACGAGGUGGAUGAUUUUGUCAAACUAUAUUGGACGUUUCUUGUUGGUAAUGACAGGGUUCAAUGCUGGAUUGAUAGGGACAAGGUAAACAUUUCCUGA